UGAAUUACAAAACAAAGAUGAAAGAUGCUGCGAAUUAUUGUUGCGUACUUUCUCAGUCUCAGCAAAAAUGGAUCCAUGAGCUAGUAGUAGUGAUCAGUGAUCACUGAAGGAGAGAGAGAGAGAGAGAAUGUCAGUUCGAGUGCUGAAGGUAUCACAGGACGGGAGCGGAGACUAUCGGACGGUCCAGGAGGCGAUCGAUGCGGUACCACUGGGAAAUACAUGCCGGACGGUGAUUCGGGUGUCGCCGGGGGUGUACAAGCAGCCGGUGUAUGUGCCCAAGACGAAGAAUCUAAUAACCCUGGCUGGGCUGCGCCCUGAGGGCACCGUCCUCACCUGGAACAACACCGCCACCAAAAUCGAUCACCAUCAGGGGUCUCGUGUGAUUGGAACGGGAACAUUCGGAUGUGGGAGUACCAUCGUCGAAGGAGAGGAUUUCAUUGCCGAGAAUAUUACGUUCGAGAACUCUGCUCCUGAGGGUUCGGGCCAAGCUGUGGCAAUUAGAGUAACAGCUGAUCGAUGUGCCUUCUAUAAUUGCAGGUUUCUUGGGUGGCAGGAUACAUUGUAUUUGCAUUAUGGAAAACAGUACUUGAAGGAUUGUUAUAUUGAAGGAAGUGUGGACUUCAUCUUUGGGAAUAGCACUGCUCUUUUGGAGCAUUGCCAUAUCCACUGCAAAUCUGCAGGAUUCAUAACUGCACAAAGUAGGAAAUCUUCUCAGGAAUCAACCGGUUAUGUGUUCCUUAGAUGUGUGAUUACUGGAAAUGGAGGGACUAAUUAUUCAUAUCUUGGACGACCAUGGGGCCCAUUUGGCAGAGUGGUCUUUGCAUACACGUGGAUGGACGCAUGUAUUAGACCUGUUGGGUGGAAUAAUUGGAACAAACCAGAAAAUGAGAGAAGUGCUUGCUUUUAUGAAUACAGGUGUUUUGGGCCAGGUAGUUGCCCCUCGAAACGAGUAACAUGGUGCAGGGAAUUGGUGGAUGAAGAAGCAGAACAGUUCCUUAUGCAUUAUUUUAUUGACCCGAAUCCUGAAAGGCCUUGGCUAGUCCAGAGAAUGGGCCUAAAGAUGAGUGAGAAUAUGAUCGAGUUCCAUGACCAUUUGCUGCUUGCUAAGUUUGACCUUUCCCACAGUGAAGUGGGUUGGCAAGUCACUGAUAUUAAGAGAUCUGCAUUUGACAGGAUCUACUCGUGAGUUGAUGCCAUUGUUUCCAGAGAUAGAUUAAGCUUCUGGAACUUUCUGAACAAGCUUUAUAAAGUUAAUAUUUUGGAACUUUUUUUUUUUU